AACGGCGGCGUCUUGGGGGCGUGGGACAAUGGCGUGACGCGACCUUGACACCUUUCCCUCCCCCGCCGCGGCGCCCCCCCCUGCAGCGGGGCAGAUGGCUGUUCCGACUGCCGCCUCCACUCCCACGGCACUGCUCCGCGCCGUUACGACACCACCUCCCGUCGCGCGCUCCAAGUGCGGUGUCUCGUUUGGCGCGGAGUUUCUCCAGGCGGCUCCAGAUGGUCAACUUGGGUAAGACCAGUUCACCGGUGAACAUCUGCAUGCAGCAGCGCACGCGGUAUUCCAUUUCCCCCCGCAUGAGCCACUGUCUGACGUGUCAAGUUUGAUUAAUCCUCGAAAGUAGCACCGGUUGGUUUGCCCACGGCCCUUUGCUUUGUUGCUUGUGACCAUACCGUACUGCAUCAGGUCAAGUUUACCAUUGAAGUGACAGGAUACUAAAUUUCGAAUCUUAUCAGACCUGUGGAAGUUGCUCACAUCCUUUCAUAAAAACUAGAAAAGAGCUUGGUGAUUUUCAAACGGCUGAGCAGAUUAUCUUGAAUCGUAGCUAAGAACACACUCGACAAAGUCACCUUUCAAAGAAAAAAAAAUCUGUUCGUUCGUUUGUGAGCUACGAUGCCACAAAUACACACGAUAAACUUAUAACACCCCUCUGUUUGCGUCGGGGGUUAGAAAUGGUGUGUGUGUGUGUGUGUGUGUGUGUGUGUGUAUAUAUAUAUAUAUGUGUGUGUGUGUACACAUGACCAUAAUCAAGAAUCGUUGAACUAUCGGGGAGCAGCUAAGGCGUUACCUCCCCCCUCCUCCCCCGGGUCUAUAUACGCUCUCUCUCUCGUGUGUUUGAAGGGGGAAAAAAGGGGGGGGGGAGCAGGAACUACAUUUCGCCUCCGUAUUGUUUUAUUUUAACACUCGUGCUGUUUUAUUUAAAAACUCGUAUAAAUAUUAGUCUUGUAAAAAAUAAGAAAAUACUUUUAAGAACAGUGCACGUAAAUAUACCUAAUGCUUUAAUUGGAUGUAUUUUAGAAUUUAUAUGAUUUUAACUGUUGUCUCACGCUACAAGGCUAUUCGUAUCCGAUUCCCAGAGCGGUCACGCACUGAGAUCUUUGGCAAGUCUUAAAUGGCAUUUUUGACCUAAACCCAGAAGUAAGGUCCGCCCAAAGUUUUAUGGCAUUUUCUGUUUCUUCAAUGUAUAUCUGAUGAUAUUCUGCAGGGUGCCACUUUGACACCCUUGAGCAAUUUUAGAUAUUUAAGACGGCGACCAAGAUAGUUUAAACUUCAUUCAUCGGGCAUAUAUACGCUUAUAAGACACAUUUUUUAAUCAUUGUGGUGUAUAAAAUGAAUUUAGGGCUUAGGAAAUAUAAGAACAAAUUAUUUUGGCAAUUAAAUACUUUCAUAAAAUAUAGCAGAAAAUAUUUCGUAAAUUGAUAAUGAUAUAUUUGGAAUAUUUUGAGUCCAAGGAAAGUGAACUUUGAUUAAAUACUAAAUCAUUAACACAUACAUUUACAAUACAUUUAAAAGCAUGGACUGUAAAAUUAAUUCAAGUUGUAUGUGGCGUGAAAUAUAUUUAGCUAGCUGUAACGUUUAUAUACAUAAUUUAUGUUGUAAUCAAUGUUAUAAGUAACCUGCAACAUUUACAAGCAUCUUAUUUAAUAUGCAAAGGAUUAGCAUCAAAAUUUUAAAUAUUACGUUUUUAAUUUAACUGUUGCAGAAGUAAAAAAACAAACAAAUAUUAACAUCCAGUAUAAAUGUGAAGGCCUUAGUUGCAAUUUUUAUAUAUAAAAUAACUAAAAUAAACUAUCUUGCAGUCUCACUUUACUAAAUUGAAUAGGCCAAUGGAAUGUAACUUCAUUACCAAAAAACAUUUGCACUCACACUAUGGAUAUCAUAUCAAACAACAUAUCAAACGUUGAUUAAGUUUUAUGAUCAUUCUAAUAAGUCAUAAAUGUAUACAUGACAUUCUUAUGACGAUUCAAAAUGUCUCAUAGUCCAGACUUGAUCAUCCUAGCAUUUCAUUUCCACAUGAAGUGCCAAACAAUGGUGACAAUUUAGCAUGGAUAUUAUCAAUUUCCUGAAAAUUAUAGACAUAAAUAUUAAAAUCUUAACCAGGAGUUAAUAUGUCAAGCAAAUUUCAUAUGUGUUUACACCUAUAUAUGUAAAAUUCUUUAACUAAUAAAAUUAAAUUUACAAUGUUACACAAUUAAUAAGUCAUCUCUUUAAUCAUCCAAAUCGUCAUCAGUGUCAGUUGGUACGAACUGUGUCCACGGAUUGCAACAAGUUUCUUCGCCAUAGCAAUGGCAAAAUUGUGCACAUGUUAAUUUAGAAAACACACAGCUGCAUCUUCCAUUAGAACAAGGGUUUUCUUUUGCGCAACCACAGCGUACCAUAUGAAGUAUCUCGGGUGGAGCCAGAUUAACUCCAAUUGGUACAGUUACAGAAAUCAGGCUUUUGUUGACAACAUCUUCUACCCAGCCCAAUUCUGUUGCCAGUUGUUGUGGUGGAUUUUUCCUCAAGUGCAGAUUUCCAAAUACACACUUGGAAAUGAGUCCGCUUCACAUGUUCGGCAAAGGCUUCGGUAGUAGGUGGCAAGGUACACAUUUUCACAGCCUUGUUGGUCUUGUCAGUUCCCAUUUUUUAGGCCACAUUUUGUAUCUUAUAUCUGACAUAGACCUAAUUUCGGCGAUAGAAUACCCAUAGCAUGAUGCUAUAAAUGCAGCAGAUUCAUAUAUUACAUAAUUAAUGUUGGUUCCUAUUUGCCCUAAAAGUGAUAGCUUUAAGCCCUUUUUGAGUGCUCUCACAACAGUUGCCUUUCCUAUACCAUAAAUUGGGAUACAGUAUUACAACCUGAUAAACCAUGGGCCGACAAAAGAUACGUAAUUAUAUCGUGAUGCUUAUGAGCUGUCAUUCCAAUAUCAAUAACUUGACGCUGGGAUGCAGUUCCUUCCAUUAAAACAGUACAAUUGAGUGCACAAUGUCUGUAAUAGUGAAGAAGCAGAACAAAGACAUCUGUAUCAUCACUUCUAAUUGUUAUAAGUUUAUAACCUUCAUUAACACAGGACACCAUUUGAUGUGGGAUAAUAAUAUCCGCUUCUUUAUGCGUUGUUCGUAGGUCUGUUCUGAAUAUUGUAACCCUUUCGUAUAUUUGAACUGGUAUUGAGUCCAACCUGCUAAUGAUGAGUUUGUGUUCAUAUGUUGCAGCAUGUUUGCCACCGUCUGUUAUGAAUGUUUCACAAAUGAUUUUGAUUAGUUCAAUCUUGUUGAAUGUAACAGUUAAUAAAACUUUCUGAGAUGGAAGAGGUGUGUUGAGAGUCAAUUUAUGUUUACGGCUAGCUUGUUUACCAGCUCUAGAUGUCCUUGUCACACUUUUGAUACUGAAGUCUUGGUAUCGGUCGAAUAUUAAAUGUACAUCAGCCUUUCUUAAUUCAUUCAAAACACAAGUUAAGAAGCCAUUCACAAAGUCACUCACAGUGCCUCAUGAAUGAUAAAACACUGUCCACAGUGCAGCACAACCAUCAUUUAGGAUAACUGCUGGUAAUUCGCUUGAUGAAUGAGUUCUCGUUGAAUGUUGCACUUGAAGAAUGUUUUUCAGAGUUGAGAGUUCAUGACGAAAUACUUCUUCUGUAUUAAGUCCACGUGAACCUACUAGAACCAUGAAUCGGGAAAAUAUAAUUUCUGUAUCCCAAACAUAUUUUGUUCCCAAUACCAAUUUUUUCUUGUCUGUAGACAUAGUUUUAACUUUGGUGGACAACGUUUGAUUGAAUCCUGCAGGCCAACUUUCUUCAAAUUGAAUCAUGCUUGUUAACCCAAUUGCAUCCGAUGCAUCAGCAUUGACUAUAUUAUUACACACUAAACCAGUUACCACUUCAAAUAUUGCAGUUCACAUCACCUGAAACAGAAAUACAAAAAAAUUGUAUAUCGGCAGUGGUUGUCCCAUUUAUCUGCAUAAUACAUAUGUUAAAGCUUUAAAAUCAAUUUAAUCACCAAAAUAAAUAGUUGUUAGUAUUGCCAGACACUGAAAUCAUUAUAUUAGACACCAACAUGAUUAUCAAAUGUGUUCUAUAUGUGAAUUUAUGGCCGAUAAAUACAUUUUGAGCCAUCUAAGGCACCAUCUUGAAUAUCUUAAAUUGCUCAAGGGUGUCAAAGUGGCACCCUAUAGAAUAUCAUUAAGUAUCCCUUAAAGAAUCAUAAAAUGCCAUAAAACAUUGGGCGGACCUCACUUCCGGGUUUUUUUGAUCUGCCACCGGACUAUUAGGGGGUGUUGCCGUGAGAAAGUGGGUUUUCUUGGGGUGUUCCCCCCCCCCCCUUUUUUUUUUUAAUUGUGCCAUUCUUUCCGAAAAUGCUUCACUCUCAUCUGAUGACCACUCACCUUACCCUGAUGCCGAGGCGUUUUUUUUUUACGGCAUAAUGCGUUCAUUUCGUUAUUUUAUAAUUUUUUUUGGACAGAUUGACUUCGUUGUGAAUGAAAGAUUUUUACGUUAACGGUUGUAAGCUAUGAUACAUUGUGCUAUGUCAUGUUUGAGAACAUUUCCCCUCAGAAAUGUGAAGAUUCUCUCCCCGCACUUUCAUUAACAUUCCGGCGUCACUGAAAGCACAUCUCCCGUCACUUCUAGUCACUCAGUGCGGUGCGUCGUGGUUCACUCGCGGACGGGUGAAAACCGCACCCAAUCACGACUGAGCUUCGCCAGCUAUCUUACAGGCAAAAGGUCGUUUGUUGUAAACAAGUCCGCGCGAGAAGCAUUCUGUGCCUACAGGAAUUUUUGUUGUUAUUUUUGGUCUAGAGGCCAAAGUCUUCGGACGUAUUUAUCCCCUCGAAUCACAUGGAACUAACUAACUGUUAACGUCGAUGUUCAUUUAGUAAAGUGUUUUGUGACACGUUGUGACCUGGUAUUUGUUACGGUUCAUUCAUUGAAUGUUAAGUAGCAAAACCUUAUGACUGAAUUAUUGCGAAACGACUCGUCCUAUUUUAUAUCCCGUACAUUCACAUGAAUGUAAAUUGAAAAAUAUAUUUCAGUUGGGUAGUAUACCGGUCAGGAGCUGAUUUUUUUUUUUUUAAAGUAGAUGAUUUGGGACACUAUUCUCUGUGGCACCAUUGUGUAAGGUUGGUGCUUAACUAGCCAGCGCAGGUGGAUGUUAAAUAGAAAUAAAAAUAAAAAUAAAACACCUCGGCUUCUUGGCCUACGCUACGAUGCGGUCGCCUUUUCAAAGAGAAGCCCCCUCUUCAACUUAAGUGUGACCCGCCUAUUCAUAAACCUGCUCCCGCUGCACGGGUGCGCGCGCACAAUAACCCAAUCCCCUCCAUGCGGCGAGUUUUACGGCACUUGCAGGUGCCCACCAAUUUUAUACCGACCGUACUAAAAACAUAUGUUUCUGCCAGAGCUACGACAUGGAGAAGCAAAAAAAAAAAAAAAGUAUAUGGAUAACGAGGUAUCGUAACAGGUUGGCGAGUACUAAAUUAUGUUUGAAAUUUUUGUUUUAAUAUCUAAUUACAAAGAAAAUUACGUACCUUCGACGAACGAGUGGAGUGAAUUAAUUGGGUAUAAGGCUCGGUUUCACACGCCAAAUAUUUUGUUUUUUUUUGUCAUUACUUUUUUUGAGGGCUAUUAAGCACUUAUGUUUUCCAAAGAACUUGGCUUACCAAACGUUACUACCCGAAUUUUGUUUCUCAUAAAUUAUGGAGAAAUAUUCAGCUGUCAAUCUAAAAACGUUUGAUAAAGUUACAUGACAUAAACAAUUUUCGUGUGAUAACUGAAGACCUCGGGUAUAAAUAAUAACGAAUAUCUUGUGAAUUGUAGUAGUCACGGUGAAGUUAAUGUUUAGGUAAUCAGGUAGCAAAAUAAACUUCUUUUUUUAUGGAACUUUGUUCUUCGCAUUUUUUGUUCCUUGUAUUUUUGCGAACGAAACCAUGGAUCAGCGGUUCCUGAAAGAUUUUCCGUGGCAGGGUCACGCGGUUCCGCGAGUCAGGGUGCGUGUCGUGUAAAGCAGGUAGCCGACGGACUUUGAAGCUAAUUUUAGAGCUAUUAUAAAUCAAACUAUGCGGGGAGGGGUGGAAAUUCAUUCAUCACGUUUGAUACGUCCAGUAAAGGAUUUCAAUUCGAAGUUAUAGUUUAUUUUCUAUUCGAACAUUACAAACAUGCAAACAAUUAGGUAUCAGGGGGUCUUUAACAAUAAGGUGUAAAUAAAAUUAAUUUGUUUUGAAUGUUCACAGUAGUUGUUGUCAAAUAACUUUCUUUGAAGGUGUUGGGGGUAACGCCAAACGAAAGUCGAUCAUAGGGUUCCCUGGGGGAAAAAAAAAAAAAAAAAUUGGAACCCCUGCCGUAGAUGAAGAUGAUCAACAGUUAAAACAGGAACUUCAUUCUUUUUUGGUGUUUACCUUGAUUCACGCCCGAUAUCUUCAACCGUUGACAGUAAAAGAUGGUAAUGCAGUUGAACUAGAAUGCUGCUCGUUAGGAACCGCGCACUGUCGGACGACGUCGAAAAAUUGGCGCUAAUCGAGUAUAGGGCUUGCGUCGGUGUCGCGUCAAAUUGAUGUUGGGGGGGGGGGGGGGGUGGGGGGGAGGGGCACCACUUGACCUUGCGGCGGACCCAAGGCUAUUUAUAGCAGCUUCCCCCUCCCUUACCCCCUCCCCUCCAGGAGACUGCCGGGUUCACUAGGACCACCGACCCUUUCACCGGCAAUGACGCAUACCCUCUCUGGUGGGUCGUCUUCUGCCCCUCAGCGCCAGCGACCGAUUGUCGGUCAGUGGAAGAACUACUGUCAGAAUCAGCUGUCGUAAACACGGACACGUGCGUUCCGUUCUCAUUUGCGUUACCUCGCGGACCAAACGAGGCGCAAGUCCAAAUAUUAUAGUGUUUUUUUUUUUUUUAAUUUCACAUUAUUUCUUAAGGCUUGGUUGGACUUGCAUCCCGAAUUGAAAGUUUCGUUUUUUUUUUUUUUUGUAAUUUACUAUUAACUAAGGGAUUUUCCUGUUGAUUUAUUCAUAAAGCGUUCUUAAAUAACUUAUUUAAACAAAUUCUUAAAAUAAUGCUUCGAAUUCGAAUAUACGUAUCAAUUUUCAGGAAUGAAAUAAAUCUCCAGGAAAAAUAAACAUUUUUUUAUAAUAAAAAUAAGCAUUUACAUGUGUAAGGAAGGGGGAAGUAUUAAAAAAAAAGCAUUCCUAUAGCUAGUGGCAGAUUCAUGCAAUCAUUUAUUUGAUACCUUCUGUGUGUAUUCCUUGUGGACCACACGGGUACUAGUGUUUCAAUUUCUGAAUGUACCUUCUUCAAAAUAUUUUUGUCUGAUAGAUACCCUACCCCGGAACAUUAGAGGGUUUCGAAUGCUAAACAUUUGAUGUUUGAGGAGCCGAUUGGCCCGGUCUUGCGUGUAAUCCGCCGCGGGCGCUGAAUGUGGGUUGUUCUGCGCAGUAGCGCGGUGCGCGUGGCGUGGAAAAUGCCUCCGAAAGCCUGCAUUCAGGCCGUGUGUACACAAGCCGGGGCCUCGGCGCCGGAAUAAACGGGUUUCCCGGGCCGCGCUAAAGCAAACGUCCAGAAAUAACCCCCCCCCCCCCCCCAUUUUUUUUUCUCGGCCUGCGCGACUGAAGGAAGGUGCCUGCGAGCGAGUCCUCUCGCACGCUGUUCGCAACCUGCGAACAGAUUAUGUACGGCAGGGUUCCCGCACACAGAGACAAAUCUGGGAAAAUCAGGGGAAACUCUGGGAAUUAAAAAUAUGGCUUCAAAACCCUUGGAAAAAGGGGUAAAUUGACAUUAUCUGGGUAAAUUUACAAUUGCAGGUAAAUUUACAAUUGCAGGUAGACAAUUGCAGGUAAAUAGUCAAUUACAAGUAAAUAGACAAUUCCAGGUUAGUAGACAAUUCCAGGUUAGUAGACAAUUCCAGGUUAGUAGACAAUUCCAGGUUAGUAGACAAUUCCAGGUUAGUAGACAAUUCCAGGUAAAUAGACAAUUCCAGGUAAAUAGACAAUUCCAGGUAAAUAGACAAUUCCGGGUAAUAGACAAUUCCAGGUAAAUAGAAAAUUCCAUGUAAAUAGACAAUUCCGGGUAAAUUGUCAAUAGCUACGCAAAUUGACAAUAUCCAGGUAAAAGCAGUAUCAAAAAUUUUUUAUACUAUGUAGUAUCACAGUGUUUUAAAACCGAAUGAAUGUUAAUCAUAAAUACUUGUUGCUGUUCAUAACACGCGGGGGCGCUAAUCUGUAGGACUCGCAAAGGGUAGCCCGCGCGGCCAGAGAGUUUAGCGCUUGGGUUUUAACUGACAUGUCAUAUCUGGAUACGGUGCUCGUAUGUUGAACACUGUCCACAUUUUGGCCUGCAUGCACGCAAUAAGAAAAAAAAAAAACUUCAAAAUGUACAGAAAGUUUUCCGUAAUACAUAGUGUAGACAUCAAACACUUUUCACUGUCACGCUUUUGUUAAGUGCAGCAAUGCCCCUCAAAAUGAGGGGGUCUACGUCGGUGAUAAUACGUACUCGAUUUUUUACUUAUGUUAACUAAAUGUAAGGGAUCUAAACAACUUUUUAUAAAUUUGAAGCCCAGUUAAAAAAAAAUUGUUGUUUGAUUAAGCAAAUUUAUUUUGUUUCUUUUUCAGACUGGCAAUUGUUGUUUGCAUAAUAUUUGUGGAAAGGAUAACACUGCGAAACUAUAUAUUGUGUAGGAAAAUAUUUUAUAGUCAGUUUCGCAUGUUAAUUGUGUUUAUUGAAGAGUGUUUUGAAAUUAAUUUGUAUUGUAGGAUGUUCGUGCCGAGUGGUUUCGGUGUGGUUUAUAAUCACUCGGUGAACCUUUAGGCCCUCUUGAGGUUUCUUGUUCAGCAAGUUGGAUUCAGUGGAAGUCACAUAAUGCUUAAUUCUUCAGGGAGGCAGACUUUUCGGGCUUUUUCACUGAGAACGACUUAAAAUUAGAAAAUUGGGAUACUUUUAUCUGUUUAAAAAUAUAACUUAGAUUUAUUGUAGAGUCACAAUGGCUUAAUCCUAAUCCGAGUGAGUUGAAAAAUUUUCUUCGUCUUACACUUAAAUAUUAAUUGCAUUCAAUUAACAACCGCUUUGAACAAGCGUUUAUAAAUUCCUUUUCUACUAUUCUCUUCAAAAAAAAUUCCAAUUCAUUCUACAUACUCUGGCCCAUUUGUGUAUAAUUUAUCCCGAUGAAUAGGGCCAAUAUCCGAAAUGGAAAUUUUUUUAACUAGAUAAGUAGGUAGGCUAAAAUUUUAAUUUAACCAUUGGUAAUAAUGGCUCUUAAUUAGCAAGCUGUAAUUCAUGUUUCACUUGCGAUUUCGUUCUGAAAUAGGCUACUGGUUACUAGACGAUACCUCCACCGAGUUUAUAGUGGAUAAAUUAUCGCUAUGAAGUAUUUACGGCGUUGUUUUUUUCCUCUUCCCUAUCUGAUGUCUCGAAAGGAUUUUACUGGUGUGCGAUCACGCCUCCUUUCAAAUCGAUAACUCGGCUCGAAACGUCGAUAGUCGUUUCCCCAUCUGGCUGUCAUUGGGGCAACACCGAAGGCGUUCUGGUUUUAUCGCCUGGUCCAUCGAGUCUCCGGCAGUCCUUAGGCCCUCCUCACACGGGGAUACUGAAGUUGCUUAGAUACCGCGAGACUCGGCGACCGAGCGACUCGUCAUGUAGAUAGGCAUGGCGUCACUCAGACGGCGAUACUGGAGUGGCGGAGACUGGAAGUCGUAAGCAACGUAAAUCCCGGCGACUCAGCAUGCUGGUCUCCACGCUACUCCAGUAGCCUACGCGGCGCGAUACUGUAUUGUAGCGAACAAUGGGCGAGCAGGCGUUUAAUAUCAAAUUUGUAAACGAAGUUGAGAAACACCCAGAACUCUAUAACUACAAGUUGAAAGGGUAUUCAAAAAAGGAUGUGACUGACAAAGCAUGGAAUGAUGUCGCAAAAGAAGUGCAACUCACAGUUAACGAAUGCAAAGAAAAAUGGAAAAAUCUCCGUUCAGUUUUUGUCCGUCACAUAAAGCCACCUCCAAGUGGUUCAAGUUCCAAAAAUAAGAAACCAUAUUAUCUAUCGGAGGCAAUGAAAUUUACCCUACCAUUCAUAAAAACGCUUGGUACACCAUCGGGGAAUUUGCCAGAAGUAAUCAAUGAACAAAACCUGGAACACAGUUCAUCUGACCCAACACAAAAUACGGAAGACGUUGCGGCUGAAGAGGAGGAAUAUAUCUCAGAUAACGCAAUACUAACUACAACACCACAACUUUCCCUUCCUUCACCUAUGCUGCCAAAUACUGACUUCUCGCAAGAACAUGCUCAUCAUUCCCAACAAAUGACUCAUGAUCCCUUUUCCAACCCAAAAGAUAAUUUAUCAAAGCGUAAAAAGCAAACAGUGACGGAAGUGGACAAGUCCUUUAUGGAAUACAUGAAUGCAAAGAAAAGGAAACUUGAAUCGAAUUCAAACGAUGAUAGGCAAGUAAAAACGUCGUUUCUUCUAAGCCUUUUACCAGAAAUCGAACCUUUGACAGAUGCACAAAUGAAAUCAUUCCGACGUAGGGUUCUGCAGCUUAUUGAUGACAUCACGAAUCCAAAAGACAUGCACCAACACGUACCAGCUUACCAACAGACCCCAACUUACUCCUACAGUGUUUCCACGCAUUCAUCGUUGGCUACAGAUAAUGCUUCAAUUUGUUCGUCGCCUGGAAAUCAAACUAUUCCACAGAAAGUACAAGAUACUGAAACGCAACAGUAUUUUGAAGUCAUCCAAGAGACUUUACAAUAUGAGCAGGAACAUAAUGUGAUGUGAUGUUUUGUUGGGUGUGUAAACAUAUAACUUUGGUGUACGUGUUUUUAUCUCUAUUAUGUUGUUUAUUUUUGUGUUUACAGUCAUGAUUUGAAUGUUUGUGUAAUGGGUAUUCUUUAAAUAGUUUAUAUAUAUACAUUUUUUCUUUUGCAGUACAUUAUUUGAAUGUGUAUUUCUUAGGUAUAUUUGAAUUAAACAUUGGAAUGAAUUUAUGCAUAAGAUAUGUUUAUACUUUCACCUUUCAGUUGACUGGAAUACUUGGGUAUAAAUAACUUUAGAUUAUUUAACCUGUUAACGUUAAAGUGCACAUUCUUAAGAUCCAUACAACAGCCAUUUUCCACAGAUAAAAUAAGUAAUUGCGGCCUCAAGUUAAAAUGCAUACAUUGUUUUUAUUCGCCAAGCAUCAGUAUAUACGUUAAAAUACUUGGAAAGAAAUAGAUUUGUGUUGAAGGGAAACAUUUAGAAGUGCCUUAACAAAAAUUCGUAAUAAUUUGUAUUUCUUAACUUACUUACCUCAAAGUUAUCAGCAAUCGUUCACCGGGGCUCACGCAUUCCCUCAUAGUGGUAUCCCUAUAAUACAUCGCAGGUGUAACAAUUUCCGUUAACAUUUGGUAAGUCUCCUUCGUCAUUCUGUAGAAAGCGAUGAAUUUUGAGUCUGUCUCUUGCAAUUCUUUGGCCGCGACAAAUAAUCUACAAUUAAUGUUCCUUUCUAUAUAUGGAUGAACCCACAAUCUUUUCCUACUUCGUUUUCUAUAAUGUUGAUAAUAUUGGAUAACAAUAUCACUAUCGUCACUGCUGUUAUCACUGGACAUUACAUACAAUAUAUAGGCACUUCACGGUUCCACAAGAUACUCGGGCUGUACUCACGAUGCAUUUUUUCCUCCCAGUCUCUGAUAUUUUAGUAGCGUCGUGUGAAGAUAACGGGCGACUAGAGUCACCCAGUCACACAGUUGCCUAGUCUCCAGGCUACCAGCGAUCGUUUUGUAGGCAACUUCAGUAUCCCCGUGUGAGGAGGGCCUUACGCGCAGAAGGCACAUAAAUUGCCCCGUACAAUUAACGGGAGAGACUUU